GAAAAUCUCCGACCAGGGUCCCCAUGACGUCACUGAGGUGGAGACCAACUUCAACGGGGAAGUUGGCAAGGAGAGUAUCGUCGAUGACGUCAACGGAGCCGAAGUCGUUGAUGACCUGGUGGUGACGCCACGUCAGGAGCUACAGCCCGUGGACGUGGAGGUUGCAGAGGUCGCCACUGUGUCUAAGUCUAAUUCGGUAAGUGUAAAAAAAAAAAAUGGGUCAUGGAGUGGUGGAGGGGAUAAUUAAUUUUAAAGCAAAGUUUAAUAAAAAAAAAUAAAUGUUAAUAAAUAAAAUGAUUUGAGUUCAAGAAAUAGGACCCGGGGGGGGGGGGGGAGGGGGGGAGGGGUAAUAUGAGUACAUUAAGAAUUAUGUACAAUUAAGUGUUAAGUUCGAACGAGUGAGAAGAAAAAUUUGAGAAGAGAGCACAGAGGGAGAGAAGUGCAUUCAAAGAGGGAAACAGAAACGUCCCGCUUCAAGUAUCGAGUUUGCUCUGACAGGGUUUAAAAACAUAUGUAUACUGAUUUUAAGCCAAUGACGUUGGAACGGUGGGGCGCAGGGGUCGGUCCGCCCUGGGUGGCACUUUUUCAAACUUAUAUAUUAAGGGGCGUUAUUUUUGGCCAGCUGCAGAGUUUUCUCGAUGUGGUGGCCAACAAAAAUUAUGGUCACGCCAAUUGCGGCUCUAACCCUAAUCCUAACCCUAGCCCUAACCCUAACCCUAGUCCUAACCCUAGUCCUAACCCUAGCCCUAGCCCUAGCCCUAACCCUAACCAUAACCCUAACCCUAGCCCUAACCCUAACUAGCUAUCAUUGUUGUUGUUGUUUUUAAAGGUGAUUAUUGAAACUACGUUGGAGAAAUCAAUUCAGGAUGAGAUAGACGAACAGCCUGAGGAACAGCCCGAGGAACAGCACGAGGAACAGCCUGAGGUCUAUGAUGGCGAUGAUGAGA